AUGAAGUACUCACUUAUUCCACUCGUUCCCCUCUUCGCGGGUUUAUCUCAAGCUGCAAGUAGUGAUGAUUGGGCUGGGAGAUCUAUCUAUCAGGUUAUCACAGAUAGAUAUCAUCGAUCUGCAGAUUUCGAUGCUCCUUGUAAUAUCACAAAUUAUUGUGGAGGUACUUGGAAUGGCAUCACGGAGAAUCUGGAUUAUAUCCAGAACAUGGGAUUCACCGCCAUUCAAAUAAGUCCAGUCAAUUUGAACAUCAAUAGUACGACGAUUUAUGGACAAGCUUUCCAUGGAUAUUGGCAAACUUCUCUUUACGAUCUCAAUCCAAACUUUGGUUCAGCAGAUGAUUUGUUGAAACUAAGUGCAGAACUUCACAAGAGAAAAAUGUACCUCCUAGUCGAUGUCGUCGCUAGUGAGAUGGCUGUUGACAUUGGAGACCACAACAUGACAGCAGGAACCAAGAUCGAUUAUUCUGCUUUCUCACCCGCUCCAUUCAACGAUGAAGCAUCAUACAACUCAUACUGCCCAAUCGUCGAUUGGCAAAACGUCACAGAAUAUCAAAAUUGUUGGUUGGGAUACACCGGAGUCGCAACUCCAGAUAUCAAAACAGAGAACAAAGACAUUGCAGCUGCAUUAGGAACCUGGAUUAAGGAGCUUGUCGCCAAUUACUCCAUUGAUGGAAUUCGAGUCGAUGGUGCUAAGCAAAUCACAUAUGAUUUCUUCCAAGAUUUCGUCGAGGCGGCCGGUGUGUAUCCAUUGGGAGAAGUAGAUGAUGGUGAUGCUGCUUUCACUUGCAAAUAUCAACAGUACACAGAGGGAUUGGAGAACUACCCAGUUUAUUUCACAACCAUUCAGGCUUUUACCGCUGGAAAGAUGUCCGGUUUAGUCGAUAUGGUCAAGAGUGUGGGAUCUUUGUGCAAAUCUCCACAAUAUCUUGCCAAUUUCAUUGAGAAUCAAGAUCAACCGCGUUUUGCAUCUUACAAUGAUGAUGAGACUCUCGCAGCCAACGCAAUGGCCUUCACAAUCCUCGCAGAUGGUAUCCCCAAGUACUACUAUGGACAAGAACAGCAUCUCCAAGGCAACUAUUCUCCAUACAACCGUCAAGCUCUCUGGGAAAGUAAACCAAGCACAACUGCUCCUCUCUACACUAUGACUGCUACUCUCAAUACUCUCCGUAACCACGCUAUCUCCAUCAACUCAAACUACAUCACCAACACAUCCAUUCUACUCCACAGCGACGAUUCCACAUACGCCACACGUAAAGGACCAAAUGGUGUUCAAAUUGUCUCAGUACUUUCCAACCAAGGUUCUAAAGGAGGAGCUUACACCAUCGCCAUCAACAGCGCCGCAGACGCUGGAACAAACAUGACAGAAGUCAUCACAUGUACAUCAUACAUCGCAAGUGAAAACGGAACGCUCUUCGUCGAAAUGGACAAGGGAGAACCAAGAGUUCUUUUCCCUACUUACCAAAUGAAUGGAACCGGCGUUUGUGGAUUCGAUGUCGAUGCUAGUGCGGGAACAGCAACAAGCACUGGAACCGCGACGGGAAGCGCAGCUAGUGCGUCGAGUACCAAGAAGGGAGAUGCGAGUGGAUUGAGGGUUGCAGGAUGGGUGUUUGCGGGUGCCAUGGGUGCAUCUGCUUUGGCUUUUAUGUAG